AUGAGCGAGGUCACUGAUAAGAUGGUUGAGAAGCAUGCAGGGUCACUUGUGAAUAUCACUGUCUUGGACAUUAGCCAUUGUUUGAAGAUCACAUGCAAAGGCCUUACAUAUUUUGGAAAGAAUUGCAAGUCCCUCAUUCACUUGAAACGGAACAUGCCCCCACCAGAAUGGGAAAAUCCCACACAAGUGGUGACUUUUAAGAUUGAUGAUUCCGAGGCAAUGAUCAUAGCUGAUACGAUGACAGGCCUCCGUCAUCUUCAACUUGGUUUUGGGCGUUUUGGUGACCAUGGGCUUGAUGCUAUCCUUACCAAGUGCAAGGAACUUACCCAUCUUGACAUUCAAGGUUGUUGGAAUGUGGAGAUGGAGGGUGAACUUAAAGACAAGUGUGAGCGACUUGCAGUGUUCAACGGCCCUUGGCUUCAUGAUUAUGAGUAUGAAGGAAUUUUAGAAACUGAUGGCAGUGGAGCUGAUACUAGUGAUCAAUCAUCUUCCUCAGACUCGGAUUAGUUUUUGGUUCUUUCAUGUUCUAGUUUUUGACUUUUCACAUCGUAAAUGCAUACAUGAUGAGAUUGCGUAUAUUGGUAUACAGUCCAUAUAGUAGAGGAAUCUUAGUCACUUCUUUCUGAUGAG